UACCAAAUAAAAAAAUAUUAAAUUUAACAUCCCAACCAAACACGACCCAAGACUUUUGAAGACACUGUCUCCGAUCCUUUGAAGACUUUUGGUGUAAACUAGUACUUAACACACAAUCAAUUUUUGUGCCACGUAUAUAACAAGACAAUUGAUAUGAUAUCUUGUUAUGCUAGAAAAUCUCUAGGGUCCGCCACCGCUCACAACUAACGUGCGAACGCAGCAGUUUGCAUCCCAUGGUGCCCUUAAUUGGGCCGUCCAUGCGCGAUCUGCGUGCAGCACUUAACUGCGGCCCACCACAGAGGACAAACUAGAGUCUCCAGAGCAUCUUCCGCGCGCCUUCCGAAUUCCCUUUGCCUGUGCUCGUUCCCCGACGCUGGCUGCGGAGUACGGAUUGCCUUGCUAUUCCACUUCCACCCCAAUCCCCAUCCGACCACGACGCUGCCGCGGUCCGCAGGUCUUCUCCUACAAAACCACCAGAGAAAGAGAAACACACACGGACAAGGCCGCCGGGCAGGCACCACGCGCAAAAGCGAGAGACUACCUGGAGCUAUGCCACUCCGCUUGCCCGCCUGCCGCGUCUUCCUGCUCCUCGCCACGGCCGCCGCCGUCUCAGCGUCGGCCGAGUCCAACAGCUCCGCCAACUGCACCUUCCGUGACGGAGACAUCAUCCGCGCGGCGUUCAGCCAGGUCGCCAACUUCCCCUUGCCGCUGCCUGCUCCUGCUGGCCGCCGCCGCCGCGCGUCGUGCCGCCCCGUCAGGCGGCUCCACUUCCCGUCGCGGAACCUCACGGGCGCCGUGAACUGGGCCGAGCUCGCCAACCUCACCAGCCUCCUCACCGUCGACCUCUCCGACAACUCCCUCCACGGCCGCAUCGACGACGACGCCUCGUUCUGGCGCGCGCCGCUGCUCCGCGCCGUGGAUGUCUCCCGUAACCACCUCCAAGGCGUCCUCCGCUUCGACGACGACCCGGGCACGCGCCUCGCGUCGCUCAACGUGUCCGGCAACCGGUUCACCUCCGUCCACGGCGUGGCCGGGCUCUCCCGCGUGGUCCACCUCGACGUGUCGAGGAACGCCAUCGGAACGGUGCCGGAGGGACUGCGGAGCCUGACGCUGGUCCGCGUGCUUAACCUGUCCGGGAACAACAUGACCGGGGUGUUCCCCGACGACCUGCCGCCUCUCGCCGGCAUCCAGGUCUUGGACAUCUCGCACAACAACUUCUCCGGCGCGGUUGACGCCGCCACCGUCCUUAAGUUCGGCAACUCCUCCUUCUUCCAAGCCGGCAACGCGUUGCGAGUGAUCGACGACGUCGCACCGGCUUCUUCGCCGGCGCUGGCGCCGUCGUCUAAUGGCGGAGACAUGAACAGGCGUGCGGUCACCAUAGCGCUAAUCUCAGUCGGCGCAACGGUGACCCUGGCGUGCUUGGCCGCGUGCGCCUUGACGCGUCGUCGCCGGAACAAGAAGAAGAAGAAGAAGGACAAGGACGGGAAAACAGCGGUGUGGGAGGACGAGGAGGUGGUGGUGGGGGCGGUGAAGGUGGCCGCGGCGGCGCCGGUGGUGGUGCUGGAGCGGCCGCUGAUGGAGCUGACGCUGGCGGACCUGGCCGCGGCCACGUCCGGGUUCGGGCGCGAGUCGCAGCUCGCGGACACGGGCGGCCGCAGCGGGGCCGCGUACCGCGCCGUGCUCCCCGGGGACCUGCACGUCGUUGUCCGCGUCGUCGAGGGCGCCGUGGCUGGAGUUGCGGAGGACGCCGACGCCGCCGCCAUCGAGGCCGGGUUCCGGGAGCUUGCACGGCUCAGGCAUCCCAACAUUCUCCCGCUCCUUGGUUACUGUAUUGCAGGGAACCAAAAACUUGUGCUUUACGAGUACAUGGAGAAAGGCGACCUCCACCGGUGGCUCCACGAGCUGCCAGUGGGGAGCAUGGACACCGAGGACAUCUGCAUGGACACCAUGGAAGCCAUCGAGGACAGAAAACCCGCCGGCGACUGGCCGACUCGGUACCGCAUCAUCCUCGGCGUCGCUCGAGGUCUCGCGUUCCUGCACCAGGGGUGGACGGGGGCGGCCGCCGGGUCCGGCCGGCGGCGGCGGCCCAUCGUGCACGGCCGUCUGGUGCCGACCAACAUCCUGCUCGGCGACGACAUGGAGCCCCGGAUCUCCGACUUCCUGCACCGCCCCGGCGGCGGCGGCGGCGGCGACGAGACGGCGACGCCGGCGAGCGACGUGUACCGCUUCGGGACGGUGGUGUUCGAGGUGGUGACGGGGCAGGCGAGGUGGGGCGACGCGGCGACCACGAGCUGGGCGCGCGGCGUGAUCCGGAACCGCAAGGGCCUCAACCUCGUGGACGACCGGCUCCGGGACGAGACGGCGGGCACGGACGCCGAGAAGGAGAUGGCCGAGUGCCUGCAGGUCGGGUUCCUCUGUACCGCCGGCGCGCCGGAGAAGAGGCCCACCAUGCAGCAGGUGGUCGGGCUGCUCAAGGACGUCAGGCCGCCGGCGACGACCGCCGGAGCCGGAGGAGUGCCGCCGCUCGGGGUCUCAUGAGAUGCAGCGUAGCGAUGAGCGCACGCACGCGACUACGGUCGGGAAUGUGGUGGUAGCUGCAGGCUGCUUUUUUUCGCACGGUAGCUCACAAAUCCAAGAAGAUUCGUGGUGAUUUUUGGGGCAGGGAGAUACCGCUUCUCUGUGCGCUGCUUUUUGGGGGUCCCCUUUGUUGGGUUGUGUGUUGUUUCCAUCUUGUGUUCGUUGAAGGUAGGAUGACACUUUUUUUGGUUGGUACGAACAGCAGCUUUGCUUGUGACAGCAUGCAGGACUACACGUUUGGAGCGACUGUCAUUGAACACGAGGUGCCUGGAGUGAGAGUUCGUUUUGAUUGCACCAACAUUUGCUUCUGACACAUUCAUUC